GUUGACUUGACAGGUGCAAGUAAAUAAUAAAUAAAAACUUUAUUAAAAUACUUGUAGUGACUUUUUCAAAUAUGGAUAUUUCGGAAAAUGACUUGGAUGAGAGGUGUUCUGAGGAUGAUACUGAUUCCUCCGAUGAUGAUGCAAGCGAAAAUCCCGAAUAUAAAAGGUUAGUCGAUUUAGUUUGGAAUAAACAGGACAAAAAUCAUGACUCCUAUGAUAUUCAAAGAGAAGUUCUCGAAGAAGUUCUUAAAUUUGGCGAUCUCACGUUAGCCUCGUACUCUUUUGAAAUUAUGGCCAACUGCUUUCCUCUGACUCCUGAGAUAUGGAAAGCUUAUAUAAAUUUAUACAGCAAAGAUGAUCGAGAAAAUUUGGAUAAGCUGAUAGAAUUGUAUCGUAGGGCUUUGUUUGACUAUUAUUCGUUCGAUUUGCAAAAAGAUUUUAUAACUUUAAUACUAAGUAGUGAUGUAGAAACAAUAAGGGCUUCUUUCGAACAAGCUUUAUCCAGAGAAGGACUGCACCCAGUAUAUGGUUUUCAAAUUUGGGAAAGUUAUCGUUUGUAUGAGUCUUCAAGACUUUCAAUUAUAGAAGAAGACUCUCCUGAACAAGAGGUUCAAUUAAAACAUUUAGCAGAUAUUAUUAUUAGGCAAUUAUCAACUCCUCUUCAAUAUGAAGAGGAUUUGUUAUGUAUUUUAACAAAUUUAAAUGCUGUUGCUCCAACCUUAGUAGAUUUAGAUGCUGCAGGUAAAAGUAAAUAUGAAGCACAAAAAUUGCUUGAAAAAUAUUUGGAUUUUGAAAACCAAUUAGAACAAAUACAGACUGAAAAUUCAGUAGAUAAACUAAGUAUUUUUACAACCUAUAUUGCGUAUGCUCAAAGUCAAAGUAAUUCGAAUCCUAAGUUUAUAGAAUCUUUAUAUUAUAGAGCAACUACUGAGUUUUGUUUAAAUACUAAUUUGUGGCAACAAUUUUGUGUAUUUGCUAUAUCUCAGCAUAAAUUAGAAUCAUCAAGCAUAACAAAGACUAGUGUUGAAAAUAUAAUUCAUAAUGCUUUACGCAAUGUUCCUUGGGGAACUGCUAUUUGGAUUUUAAAACUACGUUGGUUGGAAUAUUGUAAUGCAAAUAACGAUGACAUGAAAUCAACAUUUGAAAAGGCAUUAUCUUCUUGUAAUUACAAAGUCCAUAACAUAUGGAUGGCAUACUUAGAGUAUCUGAAACGCCACACAGAUUUUUCAAACAAUGAUUCAGUGAAUCUGCUGAGAAAAACAUUUCAACUCUGCACAGAAACAUUGCAGAAACAUUGGGGGACUUAUGCAAAUCCCGUAGAAAUUUUAAAAUUUUGGGCAAGACUUGAGUACUCUGUUCUUAAGGACCCAGCAAGGGGUAGAGAGCUUUGGAAUGAAGUAUUGUCUUAUGAUGAUAAUAAAACUGAACCUUAUCUAUGGCUCGAAAUGGCAAAAUUGGAAGAAGGCCGAGGUAACGAACAAGCCAGAAAAAUCUAUAGAAGAGCUGUUUUGGAAUGUAGGAGUUAUAUGCUAGUGGAUGCAUGGAAAACAUUUGAAAGGAUGAAUGGAACAUUAGACACUUUAGAAAAAUGUGUUCAAACAUGUGAUGAACAGGCUUAUAAAAUAUCACAAAAAGAUGUAUUACAAUCUCAUGGUGAGUCUCAUAAGAGAAGAUAUCACUUUAAUGAAAAGACAAAAGACCAUAGCAAAAAACUCAAAUUUGAUCAGGAUCUCAAAGAGCGCAAGAAGUUGCAAGCGAAGAGAAAGAAGAUAGAAAAUAAAAAUGAAGAAAUGGAUUGUGAUGAUGAUAAGAAAACUAAGCAAAUUCACAAAAGUAAAAAAAAUGGUAAAGAAUCAGUUGAAAACAUAAUUAAGGAUGUUGAAAUGUCUAAUUUACAAAUUUCAUCAGAAGACAAACGAGUACAACAUGAUCCCACAAAAGACGAAAUAACUAUCUUUAUCAGCAAUUUAGAUUACACAAUUACUGAAGAACAAUUAGAAGCAAUACUAAAAGAUAAGGGAGAUCUGCAAAUAAAAGAAAUACGUUUAGUUAAAAAACCAAAUGGAACUAAUAAAGGUUAUGCUUAUAUUGAAUUAACUGAUACUGAACAAGUACAAAAGGCUUUAAAAAUGGAUCGAACUCCGUUAUCUGGUCGACCAAUGUAUAUUUCAAGUUGUCACGGAAACAAAGAACAAAGGAAACAUGGUUUCAGAUAUUCAGAAGAACUUGAAAAAAAUAAGUUGUUUAUUAAAGGGUUACCAUUUGAUGCAAAUUCUGAUGAAUUGAAAACAUUAUUCCAACCCUAUGGAGAGAUUAAAGACAUUCGUAUUGUUACAUAUAGAAGUGGCAAAGCAAAAGGACUUGCAUUUGUAGAAUAUUUUGAAGAAAGCUCAGCGAGUGCAGCGAUUUUGAAAAUGGAUAAUACUGAAGUCAGAAGCCAUACGAUAUCUGUAGCAUUAUCAGCUCCACCGCCGCGGAAGAAUAAAUUUUCGUAUCAAAAUCAGGCUCCAUCUGAGACGCAAGUAUCAAAUUCACUAGGAGGAGGCGUGGGUCAAGCACAAGGAGCUGUAAGGAAGGCAAAAAUGUCUUUCAUUCCUCGAAGUGUACAAAAGGCUGUUGCUGCAAGUGGGAGUAAAGAUGUUGAGAUGACAAAUGCAGAAAACAAACCUAAGUCUAAUGAUGAUUUCAGGAAAAUGUUGCUGGGCAAUAAAUAAUUUGAAAAACGUUUGAUUUUGACUAUUUUAUGAUUUAUGUAAUUAGAUGUUAUUG